AUGAGUUGGAACCUGAGAUUCAAAAGGUAACCGGUUCUUAAUUGUGACGUUUAAUUUUGUUUAUUAUUAAUUCUGAUAAUUAACAAUCAGUACAUCCAAUGAGCUCGUUAAACUUAAUCAUUAAAGUGAAACAAACAGAAAUCCCGACCAAAUAAACGAAAUCAAAAGGAGUUAAUCAACUAAUUAUCCAGAAUUUUUUUAUCAAAAUUAUUUUCAUUUUCAUUUUCAUUUCUCUUCUUGAUUUGGUUUGUGUUUGAAAUUGAAUUUUUUGAUCAUUACAAUUGGAGAUUUUAAUUGUUCACCAUGAUGGACACAUCGUCUUUCACUGGUCAUCCUUUGUCCGAAAGUUUACCUUUGGUUUCAGGUUUUCCAUGGAAAUUAAUUGCUCUCUUUUUUUCUUGUAAUCUUUUCACAUCGAUUCUCGGACCUUGGCUAAUGGUCAACAGACAACCUCUUGACCUUAAACCCUUUCUACUCAUUUACAAUGGACUAGUGUUCGGUGCCAAUGUUGUUGGUGUUUUCCUUGACCUUUGGGUCACCGAUUGGGCUCGUGUCUCUUUUGAUUGUUCACCAAUUGAUCAACAAUUAACUGACCUUAAACCCUUUUUCACCGUUUACCUUGCUUACAUUUUCUUAUGGCUUCAUAUCGGUGAAAUGUUGCCCAGAGUGGUCACUAUUUUAAUGAAGAAGACACUUAAAUGGGACAAACUGGACAUGGUCGAUGAGUUUAUCUUUGUCUUUACCAUUUUCUAUGGAUUAAAAUACUUUCCAGGAAAAUCAUCUUCUUUCCUUACACUGGUCACUCUCAUCUUUGGAAUCGUUGAUUAUUCAAUGAGAGUUUGUGCCUCCGCUGGACCUCCGAUUGUUAAUGUUAAUCAUUGGAGAUCAUUGUUUACAAUUCUUAAAUCGUUACAGUCAAUCGCAAUUCUAAUCCACGGAUUAAUCAUGUUAACUAAUCCUUCUUGCUCAAAUAUUGCCAAUUUAUCGCUAUUGGAAAUAACUUCUUCGUUCCUUUCAUUCAUUAAUAUUUAUCGAAACUGGUCAGCUGAUUGGACGAAAACGAAAUGUCCAAAAGACGAUUAAUUCAUAUUUUCAUCUAUUUAUCAUUGGAAAUUGUUAAAACUUUUUUCUCUCUUUUAAAUAUUAAUGAUUUUUUAAUUUCUAGAACUUGGAAAUAAAUGAUUAAGUUAAUUAUUACUUGAA